AUGCAAGAACUGAAAGAUAUGGGCUUCCGCGGCGUGAUCAUGACAUACGCCAAAGAAACUGUGUUUGAUCAUAAGACAAAUUCUCAGAAUGGGCUGGGGAUUGCGGCUUUGAAAAAUGAGCAUGGAGAUGUCUCCAUCAAUGCUCCGGUCCUGCAGUGUCCCAGCAUCGAAUCUUGGCGGGAAGGAACAGUCAAGACAGUUGAUAUGUUGGACGGAGAAGAUUAUCUAGCAGUUAAAUUGACCGGGGCCGGAACUAAGGUCACUGAAGCCUUCGCCGCCGGAGAAUUGCCACCACAACAGAUGAUAGACGCACUGGACGAAAUCUGCACCAAGUGCAAAGCCAAGAACGUUCGUGUCCUCGUCGACGCCGAGUCCCAGCAUUUCCAAAAGGGCAUCCAUCGUAUUACUUUGGAUCUCAUGCGCAAAUAUAACCGCGACGGAUAUGCUUCCAUUUACAACACUUACCAAGCCUACCUGAAGAGCACACCAGCAAAGCUCGUCAAAGACCUUGCUUCGGCCAAAGAAGAGGGAUUCACACUCGGUCUCAAGGUUGUGAGAGGUGCAUACAUGGCCUCUGAUGAACGGUCCUUAAUCCACGAUACAAAAGCAGAAACGGAUAAUGCAUAUAACACAAUUGCCCAUGGGGCAUUGGUAAAGAAUAUAGGAGAAUUCGGGGAUAAGGGAAGCCAACCUUUCCCAUCAGUGAAUCUUUUCCUCGCAAGUCAUAACAAGGAGAGUGUGGUGACUGCCCACGAGCUCCACAAGCAGCGUGUCACUGCGGGUCUGCCCACUAUCCCUGUGCGCUUUGCCCAACUUCAUGGCAUGUCCGAUGAGGUUAGCUUCUCUUUGCUUCAUAUGAAGGAUGGCGAUGGAACACCUGAGGUUUAUAAGUGCUCGACUUGGGGUGGCCUUGGUGAAUGUAUGGCAUAUCUUCUUCGCCGGGCAAUUGAGAACCGUGAUGCUGUUUUGCGGACGGAUACUGAGUACCAGGCGUUGAAGUCCGAGACUUUCCGGAGAUUCAAGUCUGUGUUUUCUCUUUCCUCUAGGUAA